CAACAUGUCGACCGCGGCCGCUCCAAGAGUGUUGUCCCUUGCCAAAUCCGGUGCUAGCUUUCAAGCCAUUGCUCCCGCGAUCAGGAGCCCUUCCUUCGUGGGCUACACGAAGCAGACAUCGAACCUGUCAGGCUUGAGGAUCUCGAACAAGUUCAGGGCAUCUGCCACGCACAAGGUGAAGCUCAUAAUGCCGGACGGAGAGGAGCACGAGUUCGAGGCCCCCGACGACACCUACAUUCUCGAGGCGGCUGAGAACGCCGGGGUGGAGCUGCCCUUCUCCUGCCGCGCCGGGUCAUGCUCCACGUGCGCGGGCAAGAUGGAUAAAGGGGAGGUUGACCAGUCGGAGGGUUCCUUCCUCGACGAGAACCAGAUGGGCGAGGGGUACCUUCUGACCUGCAUCUCGUACCCCAAGGCGGAUUGCGUCAUUCACACCCACCAGGAGGAAGAACUCUACUGAGUAAUUGGCUCAUGUAUGCUUCUGGGGCGCAAUCAUCCUGGUGGAUUCGUUGUUGUUCGGUUACCUCCUGUUAUCUAGAGUUGGCUAGGUGGUAAGGUGGGGACAUAUCUUCCUGGCAGUUAGUUUGGUCUUUUGAUGAGAUCGUGAUAUAUGAUGAGUUGUGACAAUAAUUGAUGUAAAAUGGUUUAUGAAUCCGAACUGCAUUUGUUCAGA